CUGGCGAGCCCGGGCCGGCGCGGGGCCUUGUGGGAGGGCUCAAGGAAGUAAAAUGGCGGACCUGGCGAACGAAGAAAAGCCUGCCAUUGCUCCGCCUGUCUUUGUGUUUCAGAAGGAUAAAGGACAAAAGUCCUCUGCAGAUUCGGGAGAGGAGCCUCGGGGGGAGGCUGAGGCCCCCCACCAUGGCAGGGGUCACCCUGAGUCAGCGGGUGAGCGUGCCCUAGAACCUCUCGCCCCCGCUAGUGCUCCAGCCAGCGCGCCUCCGCAUCCCGCUGCUGAGGCCCCGCUCCUUCCUUUCCCGCGAGACCUGGCAGGGAGGUCAGCCGGCGGCUCCAGUCCAGAAGGGGGAGAAGACUCUGACCGUGAAGAUGGGAAUUACUGCCCUCCAGUCAAGAGAGAAAGGACAUCAUCUUUAACCCAGUUCCCACCUGCCCAGUCAGCAGUAUCAAAAAACAAUGUCUUCAUGCCGUCCACCUUCUGUGAGUCAUCUGCAGGCAAUUCUGACUCAGAACCAGAGGAGAAGAGCAGUGGGUUCCGGUUGAAGCCGCCAACGCUCAUCCAUGGCCAGGCGCCCAGCGCAGGUCUCCCUAGCCAGAAGCCCAAGGAGCAGCAGCGAAGCGUGCUCCGCCCAGCCGUGCUGCAGGCCCCGCAACCCAAGGCAGCCUCCCGGACUGUCCCGAGCAGCGGCACCAACGGGCUCAGCAUCCCAGCAGACUGCACGGGGGCCGUAACGUCUACGUCGCCUGACAACCCUGCGCAGAGGAGUCCCUCGGAACCCGCUGACGAGGAGAAAGAGCCCCCCAGAAGCGAGUCUGGCAGCCCUGCCAUGGAGGAGAACUGCGAGAAGAAAGACCCCACCCAGCAGGCAUUUGUCUUCGGGCAGAACCUGAGGGACAGAGUGAAGUUAAUAAACGAGAAUGCAGACGUGGCUGACGUGGAGAAUGCCGGGCACCCCAGCUCAGAAACGCCAACUGCGACAAACUACUUCCUCCAGUACAUCAGUUCCAGUUUAGAGAACUCGACCAACACUGCUGACACCGCCGGCAACAAGUUCGUGUUUGGCCAGAACAUGAGCGCUCGAGUGUUGAGCCCGCCAAAGCUAAACGAGGCCAGCGCAGAUGCCAACAGGGAAAACACCGAGUCAGGCUCAGAGUCCUCGUCCCAGGAGGCCACCCCUGAGAAAGAGUCGCUGGCCGAGUCCGCAGCCGCGUACACCAAGGCGACAGCCCGGAAGUGUUUGCUGGAGAAGGUGGAGGUCAUCACCGGGGAGGAGGCAGAGAGCAAUGUGCUACAGAUCCAGUGUAAGCUGUUUGUCUUUGACAAGGCCUCACAGUCCUGGGUGGAGAGAGGCCGCGGGCUGCUCAGACUCAACGACAUGGCUUCUGCCGACGAUGGCACGCUACAGUCCCGGCUAGUGAUGCGGACCCAGGGCAGCCUGCGGCUGAUCCUCAACACCAAGCUGUGGGCGCAGAUGCAGAUCGACAAGGCCAGUGAGAAGAGCGUGCGCGUCACCGCCACGGACACCGAGGACCAGGGCGUGAAAGUCUUCCUCAUCUCGGCCAGCUCCAAGGACACGGGCCAGCUGUACGCGGCCCUGCACCACCGCAUCCUGGCCCUGCGCAGCCACGUGGAGCAGGAGCAGGAAGCCAAGGUGCCCGCACCAGAGCCGGGGGUGGCCCCGUCCAACGAGGACGACAGCGAUGACGACGUGCUGGCUCCCUCGGGGGCCACAGGAGGCGGUGCCGGUGAUGAAGGGGACGGGCCUGCCGCGGGGGGCACAUAGCAGCCGGGCCACCACACAGCCGCUGCUCGUCCGUCUGUCUGCCCGCCC